CGUUAUAGAAGAAGGGAAAAUAUGAGAAAUUGUGAAAACAAACGAAAGAAAAGUUGAACGAAUAAGAAUAAUUAAUCUAAACUCCUAGACGUCUAAUUAUUUGUAAAGUAGUUAUUUUUUAUAUUAUUUUAUUGGUGGUAUAAUACAAAAAUUGUAACAAUUAAAUUGUGGUAAAAGAGGUCGUGAACAAACAAAUCUCUCUAAUUUACAAAUAUGCUGUACAUAUGCAUACCCGCGAAAGGCGUUAUAAAUUUAUAAUACUCGAUACACUCAAUUGCAAAGUGCUUACUCGAAAAGAGGAGACGUGAGGCAAAUCAAUAUCAAUUUUAAAUAGUGCCUUUGGGGUGUCCUAGUUAAAAGUGAUAGUUUCUAUUUGGAUGUCGUGUAUAUUUUCCAACAUAUUAAAACAACAAGUUUUAAUAAUUCCAUUUUAAUAAUGGCUCGUCCGUUAUUUGAAACACACUUAGUUCCAAUUGUAGUUGGUAUUGCAGCCGCAGUGGUUGGCGCUGCUAUCAUUAAUUACUUUCUUAAUAAGAAGUCGUCGAAACCAAGACCUGAGCCCAAUCGCACUGCUCGUCUGCGCACACUGGUUGAUCCAAAUGACAAAUAUCAGUUGCCAUUAAUUGAAAAAGAAAUUCUUAGCCACGAUACUCGACGGUUUCGAUUUGGUUUGCCAUCGAACCAACAUGUUCUUGGAUUGCCAGUAGGACAGCACAUUCAUUUGAUUGCAACUAUAGAUAACGAAUUAGUCAUUCGUCCUUACACUCCAAUAUCCAGCGAUGAUGACGUUGGCUAUGUCGAUUUAGUCAUUAAAGUAUAUUUUAAGAAUGUCCAUCCAAAAUUCCCAGGAGGUGGUAAAAUGACGCAAUAUUUAGAUCAAAUGAAUAUUGGCGAUAAAAUAUCCUUCCGUGGUCCUUCCGGCCGAUUACAAUAUCAAGGUCAAGGUCGUUUUCAAGUUAAGAAGCUUCGUAAAGAUCCACCAAAGACGGUUAUAGCAAAGCGGGUAAACAUGAUUUCUGGUGGCACUGGAAUCACACCAAUGUUACAGCUAAUACGUGAUGUUCUAAAAAACAAUGAUAAAGACAAAACUGAACUUGCCCUAUUAUUUGCCAAUCAGAGUGAAUCCGAUAUUUUAUUGCGCAACGAAUUGGACACUUUAGCCACAAAAUAUCCGAAUCAAUUCAAGGUGUGGUAUACCGUGGAUAAAGCUUCUGAAGUCUGGCCAUAUAGCGUUGGGUAUAUCAAUGAUGAAAUGAUGCGCUCUCAACUCUUUUUGCCGAGUUCAAACACUCUUUGCUUGCUAUGUGGUCCGCCACCGAUGGUCAAUUAUACUUGUAUACCAGGCUUGGAGCGCAUCGGUCAUCAUGCGGAUAUGCGCUUUAGUUACUAAAUGGAGAAAUAUAUCGCAAACAAAUAUAUAAUAAAACCUUUAUCAGGCUGGGCAUAUGAAGUAGGCUUUAUAAACGAUGACAUGAUUAAAAAACACCUGUUCUCAGCUUCUGAAGAUACAAUCGUGUUAAUGUGCGGUCCACCCCCGAUGAUAAACUUCGCCUGUAAUCCAGCUUUAGAUAAAUUAGAAUUUCAUCCAGAUACCAGAUUUGCGUACUAAAAAUAUUUGAAAACGGUAUUUUAUAGAAUCCUCCACAUUUGUGCAUAUGUGUAGUUUCUUUUCAAAAGCUGUAUAAUUACAAACGUGCAUACGUGCAUAGGAAUCGAAUGUUCAUUUUGUUCUUAUUAAAGCUAAUGGUUAGAUAUAAUAAAUAGUAAAAUUGCGGACUCAUUUACGUAAUGAAUUAUGGAA